UAGGGAAAAAAUCCCAUAAUAAAUCUCAAAAAGUUUUAUUUUGAGACAAUCAAAAAGUGGACCAAGCAAUACCACUUGCCGCUGCGCACAUGCAGCCCAUAACGAGAAACGAGGUCCAGUACGUAGUUCAACUCGGCCCGGUCCAGCACACGCAUAUGGGGUUCUCAUUGUAAUUAAGUAGAAACCAUAUAGUGAGGGGACUUUUUUUUUUGAUUUUCUUCCCAUUUUCAUAUAGCAGUGUUUCAGGCAUUUUGGAAAAGGCAAAGUCGAAUAAUCUGCCCCUUCUUCCGGUUUAUUUCUUUUUUAUUUGCGGGAUUCUUCAAUUUUAUUUCGUAAUCACGCUCCUUGUAAUUGAUUAAGUAGAAACCAUAUAGUGAGGGGUAUUUUUCGAUAUUCUUCCCAUUUUCAUAUAUCUGUGUGCAGUUUUUCAGGCAUUUUGGAAAAAGCAAAGUCGAAUAAUCGAACAAAAAUCCCAUAAUAAAUCUCAAAAAGUGGACCAAGCAUUAAUACUACUUGGCGCUGCGCACAUGCAGCCCAUGAUGAGAAACGAGGUCCAGUACGUAGUUCAACUCGGCCCGGUCCAGCACACGCAUAUCGGGUUCUCAUUCCGUCGCCGCACCGCAUCGUCUCCGAUCGCUGACCUCCCUCGCCGUCCAUCGCCGCAACUGCAAAACCCUCCUCGCCGUUACCCCCGCGACCAUCCAUGGCCACCUCGACCCGAGCGCCGCUCCCGCCGGCCGGCCCCGAGAAGGAGAAGCCGCUCGCCCGCUCCGCACCGCCAACCGCUCCCGCGUACCUCGCUAACCCAGGGAAGAAGACGCGCCGCCGGGUGCCGAUGACGGACGAGGAGCGGGGGAGGAUCGACCGCCUGAAGGAGCUGCACGCGUCAGGGAUCGAGGAGCUGCACGAGCUGAUGGAGAUACACAAGGAGCUGCGCAACUACCACGACGAGCUUCUGUUCCGGCGGAGGUGCCUGGCCGCGCGCCUGGUCAGCCGGAUCGCCUUCCAGCGCCGCGACGCCGCCUACGUCAGGCAUCAGCUUGGCCUUGGCCUGAAGGUGGGGGAUAAGCUGCCGGAGGAGCUCAAGCAGGCCAGGCCGCCGAUCUCGAUGGCCCUUUUCUUGUGGCAUGAGAUGGGCAGGGCCUUGUACAUAGGCAUGGAUAACUUCCUUGAUGAGUACAGCAAUCAAGAGGAGUACCGGAGAGGGAUGCUGGCGUUGGUGCCCGGGGCUGUCCCCGAUGAGAACGGAGCCCCGCCGGAUUGUGUUGCCCCCCAAGAGUAGGAAUUGAUCGAGUCUGUUUGCUUGGUGUGGAUGAGUACUUGUUUAAUCCUGAGAACGAAAUGUUGCUAUGUUCAGGUUCAGGGUGACUACUUGUUUGAUUCUAUUUUGUUGAGGAUGA